UCAAAAGAAUGUAAUAGUCCGUUGUAGUCUAGCUGGUUAGGAUAUUCGGCUCUCACCCGAAAGACCCGGGUUCAAGUCCCGGCAACGGAAAUGCUCUUGUUUUUAGUCCUAUAUUGUAGGAAAAGCUUGAUGGCAGUGAUGGCACAAAAGACGAUGUCUGUCUGAUCCAAAAAUGGCACGCUGUUCAAGCACAUCUGAGUUGUAUGUUGCAAAGGUGGAUUUUUCUAGUUGUUGGGACAUGCUUGUUUCAUUACAAAAAAAGGAUUUGUAGAAAAUUCAUAUGAUCUGAAAUAUUUGCUGGAAUUGGAGAAAAAAUUUGAAAACUGAAAGAGCUUUACCAUUGCCAAGCUACUAAUCAGGCAAUGUACUAGUGAUGGGAAGGUGGCAUGGUGAGAAACAUAUGGUAAGAAAUACAUUAGUCUGGUAAGAAACAUAUGGUAAGAAACUAGUCCUAAUGGAUCUUUGCUGCCAAUAUAGCAGAAGAGUUUUUUUAUUUCAUUUGAUCAUUUGCGACACAAGAAGAUGCAAAGUUUCUACUUGCUACUGUGCAAGGAUAAUUGGAAAUAGGCACCAGGAAAAUCAAAUGAAUUAGUUGAUAUUCAGUUCUAGAACUGCACUCUAUGGCACCAUUAUCACAGACAGCAAUAGGCAAGGAAGGUGCAGAAAAUUCAAAACUUAAACACAUGACAAUGGCUGAGAAAAAGCUAGCCUAUUGCUUUGUAUCAGUUCAACUCCAACAUUCUGCUUAGACAGCUUUGCAUCAGUUCAAAACCUGAAAUUUGUCUUCUAUUAUUAUCUGUGUUUUUUUCUGCUCAUUUUCCCUCCCAAUCAGGACAAUACUAGCUUCCAAUCUUAGUUAAUUGUUUGCAUUAGCAUAUAAUCAAGAAAUGGGAGAGAAAAAAUGGAAAAUUCCGUUGCCGGGAUUUGAACCCGGGUCUUUCGGGUGAGAGCCGAAUAUCCUAACCAACUAGACUACAACGGAUUGUUAGCGUCCUGGAAAGCAAACAACUCUCUGUCAGUUUUUGAGCUUGCCAAGCAGCUUUUACUAUCUUUCUCCAAGCUCCCCACGCUCCGCUUCCCUAUCCGUAGCAACUGUUCAGCUCGACCCAACUUUGUAUUUUCCUUCAUCUCCUGAAAGUUGCAGCUGUUAAUCAUUGACCUUUCAUAGUAUUUUCCUUGGCAAUAGCUGAUUAAGGUAUUAUAAAAAUGAGUGUCUCUGGACUGACCAGCAGUCCCUCAAGAUGUUGCCUUUGGCUACCUAAUCGCAAUCAAGGAUUAGUAUGCAGGCAAGUUACAGCUAUUCCAAGUGAUGGCAAACCUGAUGAAAAUUUUGGCUUACUCCAUUUUGAAAGAAGUAGUUGGACCUCUUCUAUUCGAAAGUGGAAGACACAGAAAACUCACUUGAUCAAGUGUGCAAUGGAUGUUUCCUAUGGUGAUAUGGCAAGUGAAUCAGCUGGAUCGGAUAUCUUUCCUAGAAUUAAUAUCAGGGACCCAUAUAAACGACUAGGAAUAAGCAGGGAGGCUUCCGAGGACGAAAUUCAAGCUGCAUGGAACUUCCUUAUUAGUAAAUAUGGGGGGCACAAAACAAGUGUGGACGCUAUUGAAGCAGCACAUGACAAAAUAAUUAUGCAGAAGUUCUAUGAAAGGAAGAACCCAAAAAUUGACAUCAAGAAAAAGGUCAGGGAAGUCAAACAAUCCCGAGUUGUACAGGCUGUCACAAGCAGGUUCCAUAAUCCGGCCAGUAAGUUCAUUGUGAGAACAUCCAUAGCAUUUAUAGUGCUUGGAGUUCUCACUGUUCUCUUUCUAACUGAAGAAGGCCCAACCCUUCAAGUAGCCAUAUCACUGAUAGCUACCUUCUAUUUCAUACAUGGUCGGUUGAAGAGCAAAAUCCAAGCUCUACUUUAUGGGGCUGGAGCUUUUAUAUUCUACUGGCUGGUGGGAACCUUCUUGAUGGUAUCUGUGAUUCCACCUAUUCCUAUUCUUAAGGGUCUGAGGAGUUUUGAAGUGCUGACAUCAUUGAUAACCUAUGUGCUACUCUGGCUUUCGUCUACUUAUCUUAAGUAGUGCCAAACCACCAGGUGUCUCUUAUUAUAGAACCCCAAUUUUGAUGUAGUGGAUAACGCAAGAUUUUCUUGGUAGUGGUUCAUUGAUCAUAUUAUGUUAGCUUAUGAGAGUUGUGUCAUAUUUCUACUUUUGGCAUUAAUACUAGUUGUUCUGCUUAACAUAUUGGUCAAAAGCAUAGUUUGGAAAGAAAGAUUGUGGAUGAAUUUGUUUGUUGUCUGGUAAAAGAUGUAAAACUAGAUCAAAGAAAGAUAGGUUGUUGAUUUUGUGAAUUGUGGUUUCUUACAUAAAUUUUCUUCCUUUUUGUUCUUUUCUCCUAUUUUUUUCCAAGAUUCUGAAUCAGUAUGGAAUCAC